GGAAGGCUCCGGCUGAGGCCGGCGCAGGGGCUGAGGGAACCUCCAGGCCGCCCCUCGCUCCUGCCGGCGCUCCGCUGCUUUUUAAUCAGCUCCUUAACGUGUCCGCGUGCUUCAAGCAUCUCACCUCGGUAACCGGCAGGAAUAUUUGUCGUCUCUCUUUUCCCAGUCUGUUAAACCACUGAAAAAAAAAAAAAAUGACAGAGACUUGUGGGCAGGAGCAGACAAGGUGGAUAACGACGGUCAUUAUGAGCACAGCUCUGCAGGAUCAUGAAAUUUCUACAGUUCUGCAGACGCAGCAACACCGAGUUCGAUAUUCAGAAUCAGUGGAAACUGGAUCUGUGAUUUUUCCUCUUUCUGGCAUUGCAUUUAUGCUGCUAGACACUCAAGACUUCCUUAUGACAGGGGAAGAAGAGUUUUCCAAAAGAAUUCAGAAGUUCAUAAACAUCCAUCGGAACAGCUUUCUGGUUUUGUCAGCUGCUCUUCAUGGACCAGAAGAAUGGAGUGUCAUGUUCAGGAUUCAGAGAAGAUUCCUGGGCAGCAAUUUACGUGUAAUACCAGUUCAUAAUCCUGCUGAAACUGUUAAAUUAAUGUUAACUAUGGCUAAGGUAACUUCCAAGCCACAGGCAAAUGAUACUCGUUGCAAAAUAGAAAUGACAAAAGCCCAAAUAAUAGAGAAAAGUCCAGUUUGGAAAACGCUUCAGGAGUACCAGUUGCACUGUAAUUAACUUAAUAUUUGGUUUUUUAUUUAUAAAUAGUGGCUACAUUUUAAACAAAAUAUAGAAUGUUCCUAAAAAUAUAGUUACAUUUCAAAAGACUACAUACAACAUAUGUAUUUGGCAUGAAAAUUUGUAUUAAGUAGCUAUACAGGGAAAAAUAUCAUACUUGAUACCAAAUGUGCUUUCCAGGGAGGGAAAAAUGUGUUUUAGCUGUACUAUAGGAAAGUCAUCCUUAUUUUUAACUUGGUUCUGACCUUAGAGGCUCAUCUGUUUAUUAAUAAUUCCCAAAAAAAUUUACCAUAUCUUAAGGAAAGCUGUACAAUUAAAGAUAAGGAUGAUCAAAACAAUUCAAAAAUACAGGUAUCCUUAAAAACAGCAGCUGUACGUAUGCAACCUUACACUGUUUUUUAAAUGUGUUACCUGUUAUGUUACUAAACUCUAACAUCUCAUUUGGCUCAAAGUUGAUGUGUUUUUCUUUAAAGCUGGUUUCCUUUGCCACAGUGUUUUUACUAUCUAUAGAUAGUAUAUUCUGUAGUGUUAGCUAUCCGUACCUUACAGUCCUGUUUGCAAAUAGAGAAGCUUGUUUGUCAACAUGAAAAUGUGCUAAUAAAAAUAUCUUUUGCUUAAACAGGGCUUUUUAA